GUCGACAACAAAUGAUUUCAAACAAUCAGUUAUUUUGUUUUGACUUUUAUUGCAAUCAAUUGACUGUUAGUUUGACAAACAAUUUAACUACACUUCAGGUAAUCUCUUAAUUGACUGAUUGAGUCUAAUCAGUGAAUUGUCUGACUGUUGGCCACUUCGGGAAGCGAUGCAGAAGUAUGAAAAGCUCGAGAAGAUCGGUGAGGGAACGUAUGGCACAGUAUUUAAGGGCAAACAUCGGGAAACUGGAGAAGUGGUGGCACUUAAACGGGUUCGUCUCGACGACGACGAUGAAGGUGUGCCGUCCAGUGCUUUACGGGAAAUAUGUUUACUCAAAGAACUUAAACACAAAAACAUUGUCAGAUUACAUGAUGUACUUCACAGCGAAAAGAAGUUAACGCUUGUCUUCGAGCACUGCGAUCAGGAUCUUAAGAAAUAUUUUGAUAGUCUUAAUGGUGAGAUUGAUCCCGAUGUUGUCAAGAGUUUUAUGUAUCAAUUAUUAAGAGGACUUGAGUUUUGCCACAGCCAUAAUGUACUUCAUAGAGAUUUAAAGCCACAAAAUUUAUUGAUUAACAAAAACGGCGAAUUAAAGUUAGCCGACUUUGGUUUGGCCCGAGCUUUCGGUAUACCUGUUCGGUGCUAUUCGGCUGAAGUGGUCACUCUGUGGUAUAGACCACCCGAUGUAUUGUUUGGUGCAAAAUUGUACACAACUUCUAUUGACUGUUGGUCUGCCGGUUGUAUAUUUGCCGAGUUGGCCAAUGCUGGCCGACCAUUAUUUCCAGGCAGCGAUGUUGACGAUCAGCUCAAAAGAAUAUUUAAAUUAUUGGGAACACCUACUGAGGAUUCGUGGCCCGGCGUUACUCAGUUACCUGAUUACAAGCCAUUCCCUCUUUAUCAUCCCACCACCAGCUUUGCACAGGUCGUGCCUAAACUUAAUGUUAAGGGCCGUGACUUACUCCAGAAGUUACUCGUAUGUAAUCCAACACAACGUAUAUCAGCUGAAGACGCAAUGUCUCAUUCAUACUUUAUUGAUCUCCCGGCGACCAUCAAAAAUGGUUAACAAUUUGCUCCAAAAUAGCCAAAAUAUACGUACAGUUCUUAUUGUACGAUAAAUUAUAUAAUAUAAAUGAUAUUUUGCUUUAUAUUUAUUUAUUA